AUGUCAUUCAUCGUACGUCGUUUGUUUGUGUGAAACGUCAAACUUGUUGUUGCGGAAAACCACUUGUGAAACAUGUAAGAAAGUGCAAUAAACAAUUGUCAGGAUGGGUAAUCAACUGGUAGGCAUCGCCCCAUCGGCGAUUUUCCCCGUCGAGCAUUAUUUGACCGAUUUAACCGACUUGAAGUUCGAUGUUAGCUUGGGAAGUACGAGAUUCCUCAAAGUAGCGCGUGCUGAAUCACAGGAAGGUCUCAUCGUGGUGAAACUCUUCGCAAUACCAGAUCCUUCCUUCCCGCUGUCAUUUUAUAAAGACCGCUUGGAAGAGAUCAGAACAACUCUGUCAGCAGCUGUGAAUUGUUUGCCAUUUCAAAAAAUGGUCGUCACGGAUAAAGCUGGAGUCAUCAUGCGGGAAUAUGUAAAGUAUAGUUUAUAUGAUAGAAUAUCCACGCGUCCUUUUUUGACAAACAGAAAAAGAUGGAUUACAUUCCAAGUUUUAUAUGCCCUUCAUCAAUGUCAUAAGGUAGGCGUAUGUCACGGCGAUAUAAAACUAGAAAACAUAAUGUUAACCUCUUGGAAUUGGGUGUUACUUGUUGAUUUCGCAUCGUUUAAACCUACUUUUCCGGAAGACAAUCCGGCUGAUUAUUCCUACUUUUUUGACACUUCACGAAGGAGAACUUGUUACAUCGCACCUGAAAGAUUCAUUAAAACAAUGACAACGGAUACAAACACCAUGUUUAAUGAGAAUCCAUGUAACAGUGGUGAUAUUAAACCUGUUAUGGAUAUAUUUUCAGCUGGUUGUGCAUUACUAGAACUCUGGAAUGAAGGCCAAGCACCAUUUGAUUUAUCCCAGCUUCUAGCAUACAAAUCCGGUGAAUAUUCACCACAGAAACACUUAGAUCGCUUGGAAGAUCUAAGUUUACGCCAACUCAUCGCGUCGAUGAUCCAGAAAGAUCCAACACAACGUCUUACAGCGGAAACUUAUCUCUCACACGAACGUGGUAGAUUAUUCCCUGAGUAUUUUUAUACUUUCCUACAGAGUUACAUGUUAAUCUUCUCAGCGAGUCCUGUUUUAUCACCGGAUGAAAAAAUAGGAAGACUAAAAAAUGAUAUUGGUAACAUGUUUAAGUUUUUAUGUUCAGCAGAAGAGAAUGAAACAGGUGAAAGGGAUAAAGAUAAUGAUGGAUUGGUUAUUAUUGUAUCAUUAGUGACAUCUACAAUUCGUGGAUUGCAUGAUUGCACGUCAAAACUUCAAAGUUUGGAGAUUUUGUAUGAGUUGGCUUUGCAUGCGAAUGAGGAGACGAUUAUGGAUCGUAUUUUACCUUAUAUCAUGUAUUUGAUCCAAGAUCACAAUUCGCGUGUGAAAGUCGCGGCGAUAAACACAAUCACCAAGUGUCUGGCGGUUGUGCGUCAUGUGCCACGCUCAGACGCGAAUAUUUUCCCCGAAUAUGUCUUGCCAGGUUUAGCUCCGCUUGCGGUUGAUGCCUCGCCAUGUGUACGCGCUGCUUACGCGAGAAAUAUUGCAACUUUAGCGGAAACUGCGUUAAGAUAUUUGGAACACACGCAAGCUGAUUGUGAAGAUGUUCCACCCAAGCAUGGAACUUCUGCGUCGUCUGCAUCACGAUUAAACUACGAAUUAGAAUUGCAGACUUUACACGAGAUGGUGCAGCAAUCUGUGAGUACACUACUCACGAAUUCACCGACUUUGGUAAAACAAACGUUGAUGGAUAGUGGUAUUACGAAGUUAUGCGUGUUUUUCGGGAAACAAAAGUCUAAUGAUAUUUUAUUGAGUCAUAUUAUUACGUUUUUGAAUGAUGCGGAUAAAGAACUGCGAGGGACGUUCGAUUGUAUUGUAGGUGUGGCUGCCUAUCUUGGAUCGCAUUGUUCGCAUAUAUUAACCCCGUUGUUACUACAGGGGUUGAAUGAUUCUUGUGAGUUUGUAACAAUGAAAGCUAUACACGCGAUGGCUGCUUUGACUGAACUAGGACUUAUAACAAAGCAACAGUUGAGAGAAUUAAUCUCUGAGUGUGCUAUUUUGUUAGUACAUCCUAACCUAUGGAUCCGCCAUGCUGUUGUUGCGUUAAUAUGUGCUGCGUCAUCUUGGUUGUCGCCAUUGGAUGUCCAGUGUAAAAUAGUACCGGUUGUUUCUCCGUUUAUGAAGUAUCCACUCAUCCAAAUCGAAAAGCCUGAAUUGUUAUUGGAAUCUCUAGUUGAACCUAUAAAACGCACCGUGUAUGAUAGCGUCGUGCAGUUUGAUAAUCUCGCAGAGUUGUUGCGAGUCCUCGAACAUAAUCGUAAGUCACGUGUGUCUUUGAGUGCUGGCGAGAGGAAUUUCCGCGUGGAUCCUGUUGAAAUCCCUUCGUCGAUUCGUAAACUUCUAUCGCGUUUAGAAGCGAAUAGUAUGUCUACAAUAGUAGAGGAACAUAUACUCAAAAUGGCGCCGUUGUUAUUGAAGAUUAACAAGCAUUAUAUCUUGAAUGAGAAGGAUAGGGAGCGUGAACGUGCGCUGAAACAAGAUGGCGUCAUUGAGAUUGAGACACGGCAUACAAAUGUAAGGUGUCACAGUUAUAAUCUGGAGGAAGCGCGUGCAAAGAAUGAGUUUGAGUCGAAGAGUGAAAUUUCACGGAGGCAAUCGGAGAGUACUAAUUCAGGUGGGCCUCCGUCAAGAGCUACGACUUCAAGGCCUUCUUCACCUGCGCCGGAGGUCAGUGCGCAUCGAUUCGCUACUGAGCCACCGCCGAAUAUGAGUUUGCAUGAGAGAAGUUAUAUUCAAUAUCGUACAGCAAAUUGUAGCAUGGAACUGCGCACGUUGAUUGCACGUCAACAAGAUCACUUCAUGGAAGCGCAUCGCAGUAAAGAAUGGGAGGAGCAAACCGCAUGCAAACCACAACUACCGCCACCUGGUUGGCACCUCGGCGGAACACUAGUUGCACAUCUACAUGAACACCGCGGGCCUGUAACUAAAUUAGCCCCUAUCCCAGAAACACCCUUUUUUGCGAGUGCAUCCAUGGAUGGCACUGUACGCCUCUGGGACUGCUCCAAAAUCGAAGGACGCAACAUCGCGAACCGUUCAGUGACCAAUCACCGUCUUGCUAAUGGUAAUGGCAUCAUAGCACUUGCAGUCUGUGAAAACGGACAAUCCAUCGCAGCAGCAUCACAAGAUGGCGCUAUAAAUGUCUUGCGAGUUGACACUAUGAACAAAAAGUUUGGAGCACUGCAAUCUCGACAAUUGAACCCGGAUGAUGAUGGAUGCGCAGUGGACAUGCAAUAUAUGGACAGACAAAAUGUUUUAGUGUAUGCAACUUUGUAUGGUUCAUUAGUAGGUUGGGAUCUGCGCGCGCCCGGAUGCGCAUGGCGACUUGAAAACGGAACAAAACAUGGCGUCAUUACAACGUUUUGCAUUGAUUCACAUCAGAGUUUAUUAACUUUAGGAACUAAUAAUGGCGCACAUAUUGCAUGGGAUCUACGCUUUCAGUUACCCAUAGCUAAUAUUCCACAUCCCACUGGGGCACGUAUAAGAAAAAUCGUGCAUCACCCAAUAGAACCAUCGUGGAUCUUGUCUACAUUUCAAGGUAACAAUGAAAUCUCCAUGUGGAACGUUGAAACUGCACAAAGAGAAAAAGUCCUAUGGGCUAGUAACAACCCACCAUUAUCAAAAACAUCAUCUAACAAUAACAGUGUCCUAGCGAUGUUAACUGGUUGCAUAGAUCGUUCUGGUUUCCUCCUUGCGGCUGGCACAGAUCAACGCCUACGAUUCUGGGACCUGGAUGACCCGACAAAGUCAUACAUGGCUAUCGCUAAACCAAAUGACACUAUCACCGCGUGUCAUGUAACUUACGAGCGGCGUUUGAUUGAUGGUAUGUGUGUUUUCCUCGAACAGGUCGACGAGAGACAAACACCUGGAGCUGGUACAAAAGAUGAAGUACCACGAGCAGGGCCAGAACCACCUCCAGCUGGACAUCGUGAUAGUAUCACUGAUAUAGCGCUGUGUAAAACAUCACAAUGUUUUCUAUUAACAGCGUCCAGAGACGGUGUGAUCAAAGUAUGGAAGUGAUCGGUUUACUUAAACAGAACAAAAGGUAUUUCUUUCUGUUUGUGUUUAAUAUUCAACGUGAAACACGCAUUCAAAUGAUGUUAUUCGCGGUUUGGGUGCAUUAAUCUACAACCUUCAAGGUUGCUACUUUGUGUUGUGUGAAACACAUCUCAUUUUUGAAUUCCGCGUGAAAAUUCAGUCAGUGACUUAUGGAAUUUACAUAUUUUGUUUAUGAUAUACGCCAUCUUCAAUAAUUUUUAGUUAUCUGUUGAUUUAUUAACUUGACAUGGUUUCUGAGGGUAACCAUGUGCUAAUUUCGAUGUUUUUAUUGAUAACUAUGAUUUUAAUUUGAGAUGUUUUUGCUUUGAAUGUGUGGAUGUCCCAAAAACUGAGAGAGCAUCCUGUGUGAUAGCCAGUUUACAACAUCCUGUAACAUUCGAUUAGGACUUAUAUAAAGCGCGCUGUUGAGAGAUUCAGUCAGUCUACACGUUCAGAUCUAUCUAAAUACAACGUUUUUUCUGUUAUUUUCAAAAAAAAAAAAAAUCAUCAUGAAGAUUUUUUGGUUUUGUUGAUAAUCUUCAGCGUGGUUUCUGCAUUCCCGUCGCCAUUUUUAAAUCUUCUCUUCCCGAAUUUUGGUAAUAGACAACACUAUGGACGAAGUUACGAAGGCGCUGGUACUGGUGAUGGAGAAAGAUACAAAUCAAUCUGUCGAAUCCACUCCGUUGAUUCUCUGGCUUACCCUGGAAGAGUUGGUAAUCCUGUUUGUCCGUACUGAAGACUUUUUCUAAGUAAAAUAAGAUUUUCUUAUGUUUAAUGUAUUUUACGUUAACUUAACUUAACUAAACUUAAGAAUAAUUAUGUAUACAUUUGAAUACUUGUUUGUUAAGUUAUGUAAACCGUGCAGGAUUGAUAUUGAUGAAGUCAUGGUUGAUUCGAUGCAAUUGCAUAAUCUUUAAUCAGUUUUUCUUGUAAAUAAUAUUGUAUAUCACAAAA